CCCUGCCUCCAUUGCCCGCCCUCCUCCCUCUGACGUUGCGGCUUCUGCUCCCAAGGAAAGUUGGCAGAGCUGUUUCCGCAGCCUGGAGGUUGCCGUGGAAACGAAAGUGGCAUAGCAUUGCCUUUUACCGGAGAGCUCAGCUCGCUCCAGAAAGAAAUGGAAAAUACAUCAUUAAGCAUAGAAUCUGAGUACAUCAAAAAUCUUCAACAGCAAAUUUAUUUCCUUGAACUGGAAGCUAAUUUUCUUCGUGAACAGACUAAGAAAGCAAUUAAUCUUCAGCCUCUCCUUGCAUCUGAAAUGGAACAUAUGCUACAAAAACUACAGACAUUACAGUGUCAGGCUGAUAGCCUCCAUCUGGAGCUGAAGCGAAAAAAAAGUGGUUUAAAUAUGCUGAAGAUGGAAAGAAACCAACUUAAUAACCAGAUCAAUAUGGCUGAUGAGCAUCAUUUAAAAGAGAAACGGGUUUUGGUAGAAGAAAUCAGACAACUGAAGAGAGAGAAAGCAGAGAAAGAUGAACAAAUCUCUACAAAAGAAACUGAGAUUUCAUAUGCUAAGCAGCAACUGGAAGAGCAACAAAUGAAUCUGAAAAACAAAGAACAGGCUAUCCUUAUGCUAAAAACAAAGGUGAUGCAACAGUUGGAACAGCAGAAGGUAAUGGAGUUGCAGCUUUCUGAAAAGAGAAAGGAAUUUUUGGAAAUGCAGUCUGCUGUACAUGAAAUGGAAGAAAAAAUCCUUAAGAAAACAGCAGCAAUGCAUGAGCAAAUUACUCAUGAUCUACGAAAUGAAAUAUCGUUUCUGCACCAUCAAAUUUGUGAGCGAGAGCUACUGGCAGAACAGGAUCGUCUCUUACGAAGUAAAAUGGUGGAUGAUUAUGCAGCUUUGACCAAGGAAAAUAAUGUCCUGCAAUCCAGGCUUUUGGAACUUGUCAAGCAAACAGACAUCCAAAGAGUUCUCAAGGAAGAGGUGUAUACAACCCAUUCAGCAAGCAUUGCUCAAUUCCUGACAGUGAAAGACCAGGAAGCGAAUCUGCAACGUGAGAUCAAGAGACACCAAGAAAUUCUGGAGCAAGAAAUGAGCACCUUCCAGGAACUUGAGGAUAAGAUUAGCAUUUUGGAAAAAAGAAACACAACUCUUGAUUUAAAUAUUUCAACAUUGAGCAGCCGAGUAGCUGAAGUUAAAGCUAUGCUAGAAAAAGAGGAACGAGACAACAUUGAACUAAAAAGAGAGAAUUCUCUGCUAAUUGAUUUUGCAUCUAAUCUCAAAAAACAGCUUGCUGGAAAAGAAAACCGUCUCCUGCAGGCAUCAAAUAAAAUGCUGGCGCUGGAUGAAGCAAUUUCAGCAUUAAAAAUUAAGCAUACAUUACAUCGAUCUCUUCAGUCAGAAAAAUGGGACAAAAUCUCCAAAAUGGCAAAUUCCCUGAAGAAACUCAAAAAUUCAAUGGCAGAUAUUGUCGACAGAAUGGGAAAACAAUAAUUGAGGUGUGUUAAUGAGCUUUGAUUCCAUAUGAAAUGUUGAAUAAUGCAUGAUUUCAUAGAAUGUGAAGAAUAUUCUUGGAAUCUUGUCAAUUUAGUCAUAUUAAUUCUUUAAAUUAUGACUGUACAAAAAAUGAAGACGUAAUGGUAUGUGGGAUUGACUUUGGGAGACAGGAGGAAGAGCCGUAGACCAGGCAAUGAUCAGAUAUGAGGCAGCUGAGCCCGCAGAAGGGAUGGGGACAUGGCAUCUCAGAAGGGAUCCUUUCUAGUUUCUUGGGGUGAAAAGAGGAGCGGGGACAGAUGCACUUUCAGACUUACAAGAUUCUGUUAAUUUAACUUUACAAUAAAGAUAGAGCUAGUACUUCUGGAUGUGCUUCUUGUCUGGACUAUCUCACAAGGCUGACAGAAGAUGAUUUUGAAAUUUAAACACUCAAAAGUAAUUGUAUCAACUUAAGCAUAGUCCAUAUUUACUCACAUUGUAAAUAUGUAUGAUUUUAGUUAUUGCUGGUGGAACAACAAUAACUUGGAACAUAUUUAAAAGUAAUUAUAAUUUUAAAGACUUUUUAUCCUGCCUUUAUUAUUUUUAUAAAUAACUCAAGGUGGGGAACAUACUUAAUGCUCCUUCCACCUGCUAUUUUCCCCAUAA